GCUCGUCGCCUUGAUGGGGACCGUGACGCACACGUGACGGUUGUAACUGUACAUAGAGGUACAGUAUCUUCAAUUCUCACGUAUACCCUCUUCCAAUUGAAGCCCCUCCUCAUACAUAUACUCUUCCUUUGCCAUCAAAACUUACCAGUGUUGCACAUGAUUAUAAUUCCCUUCCACUGGUCGAAAGCGAAAUUUACGCCCAAAUGUUACUUCUUCGGAAAAAAGGGUAUCCUUUGUGGAAACCCAAAUCAGAUAACUCACGCCUACCGGAGUCAUACAAGCGAGAGGGAAUUCACAUUGGAGAUGUCGGGAUCCUCACGGAAUCCGGAGGGUUUGAUUAUCUUUUCAAUAUUUGCCAAGGGCCAGAUCAUGAAUUGAAUUUGGGAAGAGUUCCCGAGGAUUUUAGACCUAUUUUAGAUUUUGAUUUCGACGAUACAGAGGUUUACACACAAGAAUAUGAAUUGGGCUCUCAUGUUGCGAGUGACCCCAAUCGUAUCCACCAGAAAAGAAUGCCACCUUCACCGACUUCGAACUUGAAUCCAUUUGAAAAUCAACUGCAUUCAGCAAUACCCAAGGAAGUCGGCGCAGGGCUAUCUUAUAGCUCGACAGCUUCUAAAGGUGCUCUUCUCGUGCUACCAGAAGGAGGAAAAAGAGUCGAUCACCUGCAUCGAGCAAGAUUUGAAAAAUAUGCUGCUGAAUGUGCACCUUCAUGGUACAUGCAUGUCAACGGUGCGCUAGGCCGUACAGCUUACAACGGAUCCUUGUAUCUUGUUACCGGCUUUGACAAGGCACGGGCAUGGGGAGUAGCAUCAUUCAGCGAUGCAAUACCAGAAAAUAUUCAGUUGGAAUAUGUGCCCAAGUCCACUCAUAGCGAAGAUCGAUACCCAAAAUAUUGGUUUCGUACAUGUGAUUCUGCCUCAUCGUCAAGCGGCGCCGACGACAGGUAUGGACAACAAUCUGGAUGUGUCUUUUUGCGCGGUUUCAAGAUUGCUCUAAGACAAACCUGGUUUCGCGAGAAGAGCACCAAAUCCAGAAGCUCGUUGGUCGUCGUUAUUACGACGGUGGCUGUAUCCUCUUCAUCAGAUCCCUACGCCAUCUGAACGUAAAUUCACAGUUGAUGGUGCUGCAAGGAAAGUUGACUUGGAUCACAUAUCCAGCAUUCAUAUAUAUCAUCCUUUGGACUGCAUCAACCGUUGG